CUUUGAACCAAGAAAGUUAGGCCGGCAUGAUAAAACCGUCGACGGCCAUCGAAGCUGUGACCUCGGCGAUCUCCGAAGAUUCCGAUCUCGCCGGCUCCGAAACUUCACCGGUGCUGCCGUUGACUCCUGAGGACGUUACAAUGAACGCCCCUGUAGUACAUCAUCCGAUCGUCUCCAUCAUCCGCCUAUUGGGCGCCGCCUCCGCCGCCCUAGUCAUCACCUGGGCCGUCUACUUCCGCGGCGGACUUGCCCUGAUUUCCGAUAACAAAGCCCUGAUAUUUAACGUGCACCCUGUUCUAGUGGUUAUUGGAUUCAUAGUUUUAAAUGGUGAAGCCAUGCUAGUAUACAAGACAUUGUCAGGAACCAAAAAUUUUAGGAAGGCAUUGCAUCUUACAAUUCAGUUUAUUGCCCUGUGUUUGGGGUCUAUCGGCAUUUGGGCAGCUUUAAAAUUCCAUAACGAAAGGGGCAUCGACAACUUCUACAGUCUGCAUUCGUGGUUGGGUCUGGCAUGCCUUGCGUUAUUUGCCAUUCAGUGGCUACUUGGGUUUUACACCUUCUGGUAUCCUGGAGGCUCAAGAAAUGGAAGAGCUUUGUUACUUCCAUGGCACGUGUUUUUCGGGUUAUACAUCUAUUCUCUCGCGAUUGCCACAACUGUUACUGGCUUCUUAGAAAAGGCCACCUUUCUUCAAAGCAGCAAUUUGAUAUCAAGAUACUCAAAUGAGGCCGUCUUAAUUAACUUCAUGGGUAUUUUGAUCAUAAUCCUCGGCGGCUUUGUUUCUCUCGCAGUCAUAAUGCCUCCAUCUAUAAAAUCUGACGCAUACAAAGGGAUUCCAGAGUAAUAAAAGCUCGUGUUUUAUUGGAUUAGCAUGAAUUUGGUUAGUUGGGAGGUUUUGAAUGGAUUGUUAAAUGGAAGAUCUUUUUUACAUAUAUGUUUAUUUAUCAUCAUCCUUUUUAUCAGAAUAAACGCCCUACAUAUUAUGUACCGAGCAAUAUUGGAUCCCAUUUUUCAAUUGUAUUCUAUUUUCUAAUGCCUGUAAUGGCUUGUCAUGUUUCAAUUAUUCGAGUUCAUUCUAUGCUUUCUUCCUUGUACCAUGACUCUCAUUUAACUGUUCGGAUGGGCUGCACCACAUCAA